AUUUCUAAGUAUUAUUUAGAUAAUGGUGUUUCUAAAACAUAUUUGGAUACUGAUAUAUGGCAUACCAUUAAUAAAAGGUUGUAGCUAUUAUCAAAAUAUGGAACCAAAUAAACAAUAUUAUUUAUAUAAUAUGGAAUAUCCUAAUAGCUACAAGCCUUCGUCUUCAUGUACCUGGACUGCUAGUAGCCCACCUGGUACUAAAAUAAUGUUGGUUUGUAAUUUGGAGAUACCUCAGUCUUUAAAUUGUACCCAGGAUCAUCUUAAAAUAUCAUUAACUGGUUCAUGGGCUGAUGCUCAUAGGUAUUGUGGAACAGGAACCCUUCAACUUACUACAAAUAGUAAUUCAAUGAUGACGGAAUUAGGGAUAGCAAGUAACAGCAAAGGAGGAAGAUUUAUGUGCAGCACUCAUUCCACAGGCAUUUCCACAGAUGCUACUACUUCCUCUAGAUCAGCUUCUUGCAGCUGCGGUGGCAGAUCUAGAACCAGGAUUGUUGGUGGCCAAUUCGCAAGAGUAAACGAAUUUCCAUUUAUGGCAGCCAUAAUAAACUUGGUGGACGAAACUGUAACCUGUGGGGCAACCAUUAUAUCUGACAGAUACGUUUUAACAGCUGGACACUGUGUUUAUCAAAAACUCGCCAAAAAUUUGGGGGUGUUGGUUGGUGAUCAUGAUAUUAGUACAGGAAGCGACACAACCGCUUCCGCUUUAUAUCCAGUCAGUUCUUUUUUGGUGAAUAGGAACUACAACCCUACCACAUAUGACAACGAUAUUGCUAUAGUGCAAACCGAUAGGACUAUGGCGUUUAAUGCAUAUGUGAACGCCAUUUGUUUGCCCUUCAAGCAAACCUCAACUACAUUUAAUAAUGUCAAUGUUACAGCUUUGGGUUGGGGUUCGACUGAAUUUUCUGGGCCAAAAUCCGAAAUACUGCAAAAAACCUCCCUUACCAUAAUUGAUAAUACAAAAUGUAAGCAGUCCUAUUCAACUCUACAACCAUCGCAACUUUGCACGUAUUCAGCCGGCAAGGAUGCGUGUCAAGGAGACUCUGGGGGCCCUUUGGUGUGGGUGGAUCCAGGAACAAACAGAUAUAAAUUGGUCGGUAUCAUAUCGUUCGGAUUGGGGUGCGCCACUGCACGCCCAGGGGUUAAUACAAGAGUCACUAAUUUUUUGGAUUGGAUUACAUCAACCACCAGAGAUGCAACCUAUUGUAUUAUGUAAGAUUAUAUUGUACCUAUAAUCAUGACAUUUUAUUAUUUGCCUGUAUAAAU